AUGGCGAUGGGUGUCAAGAUAUGGAUCUGGUGUUUAAAAGCGAUGAUUGCUUUAGCUCUCUUUCCCUCGCAUGACAACUCAAGAAGUUGCAACGUAGCGGGGAAUUCAGAGGCGCCGCAAAGGUCGAUUGAGCUAGCUCUUCAUGGAGGGACGCGCCUAUGGCUACGAGGCGGAAGACCAAGUCACGAUGAGAGUGGCAAUUCGGACACAGGGAGGAGAUUGAAGAAGACAAGGACGAAGUCGAAGGGAAAGUCUGUGAAGACCUUGACGAGAGUGAAACACAGUGCCGCUCCGAGCUCCAACACAGAAGAGACUUCCAUCUCAAAAACUCAAGAGAUGCGCCUGCAGCGAUUGCAGAAGGUUUCGGAUCAGGCCGUUCCAAGUAGUAUGAGCCCUCUGACUUCAGAGAUGCACAGCAAGAUCGAUGUUCUCCGGUCAGCCAUGCUCGCCAAGGACAAGAAGAUUGUAUCCAAAAUCAUGUCAGAGAUCGGAGAAUUAGCUCGCAAGCACUAUGCAAAGAAGAUAUGGGACGUAAAACAGCUUACGACUGAUGGGUUUGCGAUAGGGGACAGCAGGAAGUUGAGGAAACUGCAGCAUUCACUGACGGCUGUGAGCAAGAACACGAUUCAUUACAAUGGGACGGGGUCAGUCAUCAGGCAGAUACGAGAGCAGGCGGAGGCUCUUUGCCUCCCGAAUCCUACUGACCAAGUCUUGGGGAUUGAUGAGUUUACUGAGAUCCGAUACGCGCUGGAGCAAGCCAACGAGACAAGCGAAGACGUGGCCGUGAAGUGGUGGCUGGAGAAGAAGAGAGAGAAGAAGAUGCAAGAGAAGGCAAAACAGGCUGCGAUCAGGGAAGAGCUCAUGACUGAGUAUGCUACCGCGUACUACGUCAUGUGCAAGCAGCUGGCAGAUGCCAAGGGAAAGCCAUUCGACCCGAUCAAAGCUGAGGAGAUGGCGAUCACUCAUGCCCGGCAAAAGUACGAGAUCCAGCCCUUGAAGCAGAGGAAGAGGGAAAUCCACGAGGCAGCAACAUCAAAAAUCUGCACUCCCAUGCUGGUGAAGCCCAAGGGCAGGAAGAGAGUGCGAUACGCAAAGCGCAGAGGGCCAAGGAGAAAGCUGUACAAGAAGCCCAAGAAGCGGGUGGUGGGUUGA